AGCCUCAGACCUUCUGACUGCCAGCUGAGAAGGAAGGCAGCCACACAGGGCAGUGCUGUGGCCUUGCCCAUAAUCAAGGGAACUUUGUGCAGGAGCCAGCCUUCCUGGUUUCCCAUGAAGAGAGAAUGGACUCUGCUCUUGUCCAUGCUGCUCUUUGGCCUGGCUAGCCCCACACAUCUCUUCCAGCCAAGCCUUGUACUGGAUAUGGCCGAAGUCCUCUUAGAUAACUACUGCUUCCCGGAGAACCUGAUGGGGAUGGAGGAAGCCAUCAAGCAGGCCAUCAAAAGUGGUGAGAUCCUGGGCAUCUCAGAUCCUCAGACACUGGCCCGUGUCCUGACAGUCGGGGUGCAGAGCUCCUUGAACGACCCUCGUCUGGUCAUCUCCUAUGAGCCCAGUGCCCUCACAGCUCCUCAGAAAAUCACAGCACUCACCAACCUCACACAAGAGGAACUACUUGCCCAGCUGCAAAAGGACAUCCACCACAACGUUCUGGAGAGCAAUGUGGGCUACUUGCGGGUGGAUGACAUACCGAGCCAGGAGGUGUUGAGCAAACUUGGGGACUUCCUGGUGGCCAAUAUCUGGAGGAAACUCCUGGGCACCUCUGCCUUGGUGCUAGACCUCCGACACUGCACUGGAGGCCAUGUUUCUGGCAUCCCCUAUGUCAUCUCCUACUUGCACCCAGGAAACACAGUCCUGCAUGUGGACACUAUCUAUAACCGCCCCUCCAAUAUGACCACUGAGAUCUGGACCCUUCCCCAGGUCCUGGGAGAGAGGUAUAGUGCUGACAAGGAUGUUGUGGUCCUCACCAGUGGCCACACCAGAGGAGUGGCUGAGGACAUUGCUUACAUCCUCAAACAGAUGCGCAGAGCCACUGUGGUAGGUGAGCGGACCGUGGGGGGUGCCCUGGACCUCCAGAAACUGAGGAUAGGUCACUCUGAUUUUUUCCUCACUCUACCUGUGUCCAGGUCCUUGGGGCCCCUUGGUGGGGGCAGCCAGAUGUGGGAGGGCAGUGGGGUGCUUCCCUCUGUGGGGAUACCAGCUGAGCAGGCCCUAGAGAAGGCCCUGGCCAUUCUCACACUGCGCAGGGCCCUGCCAGAAGUCAUGCAGCACCUGCAGGAGGCCCUGCAGGACUACUACACCCUGGUGGACCACGUGCCUGCCCUCCUGCACCACCUGGCCAGCAUGGACUUCACCAUGGUGGUCUCUGAGGAGGAUCUGAUCACGAAGCUCAACGCUGAUUUGCAGGCUGUGUCUGAGGACCCUAGGCUCCUGGUACGGCCCAUCAGGCCCAAAGAAACCUCUUCUGGGCUUGAUGCUGGAGCCGAUGACCUACCAGAGGUAGCCCCAGUAAUGCCAGAGGAUGAGGUUGCCAGGCAGACCCUGGUGGACUCUGUGUUCCAGGUGUCAGUGCUGCCGGGCAAUGUGGGUUACCUGCGCUUUGACAGGUUUGCUGAUGCCUCUGUGCUUGGAGCACUAAGCCCAUACAUCCUACGCCAGGUGUGGGACCCUCUGCAGAACACAGAACACCUUAUCCUGGACCUGCGUCAGAACAUUGGGGGGCCAUCCUCAGCUGUGCCCCUGCUGCUGUCCUACUUCCAGGGCCCUGAGGCCAGCCCUGUACACCUCUUCACCACCUAUGAUCGCCGCACCAAUGUCACCCAGGAGCACUUCAGCUGCACAGAGCUGCUGGGCCAGCGCUAUGGUUCCCAUCGCGGGGUAUACCUGCUCACCAGCCACCGCACUGCCACAGCUGCCGAGGAACUGGCCUUCCUCAUGCAGUCACUGGGCUGGGCCACGCUGGUGGGUGAGAUCACUGCCGGCAGCCUGCUUCACACCCACACAGUGCCCCUGCUGGAGACCUCAGAGGGUGGCCUGGCACUCAUAGUGCCUGUGCUCACCUUCAUCGACAAUCACGGUGAGUGCUGGCUUGGAGGCGGUGUGGUGCCUGAUGCCAUUGUACUGGCUGAGGAGGCCCUGGACAAAGCACUGGAGGUCCUGGAGUUCCACCGCAGCCUGGGAGCCUUGGUAAAGGGCACAGGACACCUGUUGGAGGCCCACUAUGCACGGCCAGAGGUUGUUGGGAGGAUAGGAGACCUGCUACGAGCCAAGCUGGCCCAGGGGGCAUACCGCACAGCCGUGGACCUGGAGUCACUGGCCUCCCAGCUCACGGCUGACCUGCAGGAGAUGUCUGGGGAUCACCGUCUGUUGGUGUUCCACAGCCCAGGUGAGCUGACAGCAGAUGAUGUGCCCCUGCCACCCCCUGCCAUUUUCUCUCCAGAGGAGCUCUCCUAUCUCAUUGAGGCCCUGUUCAAGACAGAAGUGCUGCCUGGCCUGCUGGGCUACUUGCGUUUUGAUGCCAUGGCUGAGCUGGAGACAGUAAAAGCCAUUGGGCCACAGCUGAUACAGCUGGUGUGGCAGAGGCUGGUGGACACAGCUGCACUGGUUGUCGAUCUGCGCUAUAACCCUGGCAGCUACUCCACGGCUGUGCCUCUGCUGUGCUCCUACUUUUUUGAGGCAGAGCCCCUCCAGCACCUCUACUCUGUCUUUGAUAGGGCCACCUCGAUGGUCACGGAGGUAUGGACCCUGCCUCAGUUGGCUGGUCAACGCUAUAGCCCCCACAAGGACCUUUACAUCCUGAUGAGCCACACCAGUGGGUCAGCAGCUGAGGCUUUUGCUCACACCAUGCAGGACCUGCAGCGGGCCACAGUCAUUGGGGAGCCCACUGCUGGAGGGGCACUUUCUGUGGGCAUCUACCAGGUGGGCAGCAGUCCAUUAUAUGCCUCCAUGCCCACGCAGAUAGCCCUGAGUGCCAGCACAGGCAAGGCCUGGGAACUGUCAGGGGUAGAGCCUGACAUCACAGUGCCCAUGAACGAAGCCCUCUCCACAGCCCAGGACAUAGUGGCCUUGCGUUCGAAGCUGCCCACUGUUCUACAGACAACUGGGAAGCUGGUUGCUGAUAACUAUGCCUCCCCUGAUCUAGGGGCCAGGAUGGCUGCCAAACUGAGUCCUCUGCAUAGCCGCUACUCGAGGGUGACCUCUGAAGGGGCCUUGGCUGAGAUGCUGGGGGCUGACCUGCAGGUGCUUUCUGGGGAUCCACACUUGAAGGUAGCCCAUAUCCCUGAGGAUGCCAAGGACCGCAUUCCUGGGAUUGUGCCCAUGCAGAUCCCUUCCCCUGAAGUCUUUGAAGACCUGAUCAAGUUUUCCUUCCACACUAACGUGCUUGAGGACAACAUUGGCUACUUGAGGUUUGACAUGUUUGGAGACUGUGAACUGCUCACCCAGGUGUCAGAGCUGCUGGUGGAACAUGUGUGGAAGAAGAUUGUGCACACAGAUGCCAUGAUUAUUGACAUGAGGUUCAACAUUGGCGGCCCCACAUCCUCCAUCUCUGCCCUGUGCUCUUAUUUCUUUGACAAAGGCCCUCCCAUUCUGCUGGACAAAAUCUACAGCCGGCCCAAUGACUCUGUCAGUGAGCUCUGGACACACACCCAGCUAGCAGGUGAACGCUACGGCUCCAAGAAGAGAGUGGUCAUUCUGACCAGCAGUGUAACGGCUGGCGCGGCGGAGGAAUUUACCUAUAUCAUGAAGAGGCUGGGCCGCGCUUUGGUCAUUGGGGAGGUGACCAAUGGGGGCUGCCAGCCUCCACAGACCUACCAUGUGGAUGACACACACCUCUAUAUCACCAUCCCCACAGCCCGUUCAGUGGGGGCUAUGGAUGGCAGCUCCUGGGAAGGGGUGGGCGUGGUGCCUCAUGUGGCUGUUCCUGCGGAGGCAGCCCUCACCAGAGCCAAGGAGAUGCUCCAGCACACUCUGGUGAGAGCGAGUUGGGGACCUGGACAGCAGGGCCCCCUGGAGGGCUUCCAUGAGCAGAGCCCUGUGGUAGGUGGGGCCUCUGGGCCACACACCAAGGGAGCUCAGGUAGCUGAUUUUGCCUAAGGUGCAGGAAAGGGGCCUGCUGAGCUCUGGUUAGGCUUAGAAUUGCAAGUACCCUUGGAGCUCAUCCACCCGGUCUUAUCACCACUGUCAUCAUCCUCUCUGUUUGGACACCUGGGGAGCUGACAUUCUUAGUAAUACUUGUUUUGCAGCAGUGCAGUCCAGAUCUACCCCCAGCCAUGCUUCUUAAUUGCCAGUUCCUGGUCAUGCUGUCAGCUAGAUAGCACAGUUCUGUCCAACUGAGUUACAUGGUGAGUCACAGAUGCCAGGAACAUGUGUCAAUUUACAUUUUUCGUAGUCACAUUUAGAAAAGUAAAAAGAUGCAAGUGAAUUAAUUUCAACAAUAUAUCUUAUUUAACCCAUUAUAUUCACAGCAGUAUUGUUUCAACACAUACUCAAUAUAAAAAUUAUUACAAAUGA